AUGUUCUCACGAAUCAAGCCCUUUUUUAGCUGCAAUUCAGCACUAACCAAUAGGGCAUUUUCCGAAAGAAGUCCGUUAGAUCCCCAAACUUCAAGUCGGCCAAUUAUCGAAAAUCCACAAGAUGAUGCGAUUUACUUUGAAAAAGGAAAUAUUAAAGAAAUUGGCACAAAAAUUUCCUCGAAAAUUUAUAAGAGAAUUGCAGUUAUGACAGGUGCUGGGAUAUCUGUAAAUGCCGGAAUACCAGACUUUAGGACCCCUGUAACUGGUCUUUAUGCCCAAAUCCAAGAAGAAGGCUUGCCAUUGCCAUGCCCUGAAGCAGUCUUUGACAUAAACUUUUUCAAGACUAACCCAGAACCUUUUUACAGAAUCGGCCCUAAACUGGUAACAGUUAAUAAAAAGCCAACUCUUACCCACUAUUUCAUAAAAUUACUUGAACAGAAAGGACUCUUAUUUAUGUAUUAUACUCAGAAUAUUGACGGAUUAGAAAUUAAAGUUGGACUCUCCACAAAUAAGCUUGUUCAAGCCCAUGGAAACGUUAACAAUGCUCACUGCACAUCAUGCAAAAAAGAAUACCCAAUAGCAAGGCUACGUGAGCAUAUGCUCGAAAAAAAGCCAGCAUUUUGCGAUUGCGGUGGUGUCGUUAAACCUGAUGUCGUAUUUUUUGGGGAAAAUCUGCCAACUAACUACCACUCUAAGGCAGAGUUAAUUGUCUUUGCUGAUUUGCUUUUGGUUAUCGGAACAGGUUUAACGGUUUUUCCUUUUGCUUCACUUGCAGAAAUGGUAAGUUAUGAUACCCCAAGAAUUGUUAUAAAUAAAGGAGGACUAAAUUCGUUUAUACAGAAUGGAUUCAAAUUUGAAUCAGAAUCUAAAAGAGACGUAUUUUUUGACGGAGAUUGUGAUGAAAUAAUAAGUGAAAUUGUUAAAGCAGCCAUGUGGGAUGAAGAUUUACAGAGGCUCAUGGAAAGUAAAAAUUAA